UCAGGCUCGGGAGCGGGAGGCAGCGCCCAGCGCUGCCGUUGUCACAGACUCGGCGGCUGCCGGACGGGGCGGACGUCGGGGCGGUGACUCCCGGCGCAGCCCGGCCCCGGCUCCCGGCAGUGGGGUGGAGAGGAGGGCGCUAUGGCCGACGUGUUCCCGGGCUCCGAGCCCGGCGCGGCCCCGGACGCGGCGCGGCGCUUCGCUCGGAAGGGAGCCCUAAGGCAGAAGAACGUGCACGAGGUGAAGGAACACAAAUUCAUCGCGCGCUUCUUCAAGCAGCCCACCUUCUGCAGCCACUGCACCGACUUCAUCUGGGGAUUUGGGAAACAAGGAUUUCAGUGCCAAGUUUGCUGUUUUGUGGUUCAUAAGAGAUGCCAUGAGUUUGUUACCUUCUCUUGUCCUGGGGCUGACAAGGGACCUGACACUGAUGAUCCCAGAAGCAAGCACAAGUUUAAGAUCCACACAUAUGGAAGCCCAACGUUUUGUGACCACUGUGGGUCACUGCUUUAUGGGCUUCUGCACCAAGGGAUGAAAUGUGACACCUGUGACAUGAAUGUUCAUAAGCAAUGCGUCAUAAACGUCCCAAGCCUCUGUGGCAUGGAUCACACGGAGAAAAGAGGAAGGAUUUAUCUGAAAGCUGAAGUCAACGGUGACAAACUGGAAGUAACAGUGAGAGAAGCAAAGAACCUCAUUCCCAUGGAUCCAAAUGGACUUUCAGAUCCUUAUGUUAAACUGAAGCUCAUCCCAGAUCCUAAGAAUGAAAGCAAACAGAAAACAAAAACCAUCCGUUCUACUCUGAAUCCAGACUGGAAUGAGGCAUUCACAUUUAAGUUAAAACCUACAGACAAAGACCGACGGUUAUCUGUAGAAGUCUGGGACUGGGAUCGAACAACCAGAAAUGAUUUCAUGGGAUCUCUUUCAUUUGGGGUGUCAGAACUUAUGAAAAUGCCAGCCAGUGGAUGGUACAAGCUGCUGAAUCAAGAAGAGGGGGAAUAUUACAACGUUCCAAUUCCAGAUGCUGAUGAAGAUGGAAAUGCAGAGCUCCGGCAGAAGUUUGAGAAAGCCAAACUUGGGCCAGCUGGUAACAAAGUCAUUACUCCAACAGAAGACAAGAACUCAAAUGUGCCAUCCAACAAUCUGGACAGGGUCAAGCUGACAGAUUUCAACUUCCUCAUGGUUCUUGGAAAGGGGAGCUUUGGGAAGGUGAUGCUGGCAGACAGGAAGGGGACAGAAGAGCUCUAUGCAAUCAAAAUACUGAAAAAAGAUGUGGUGAUUCAGGAUGAUGAUGUGGAAUGUACAAUGGUGGAAAAACGGGUCCUGGCAUUGCAAGAUAAACCACCAUUCCUGACUCAGCUCCACUCUUGUUUCCAAACAGUUGACCGUCUGUAUUUUGUUAUGGAGUAUGUGAAUGGUGGUGAUCUCAUGUAUCACAUUCAGCAAGUAGGAAAAUUUAAGGAGCCUCAAGCAGUGUUCUAUGCAGCUGAGAUCUCAGUUGGGUUAUUCUUUCUGCAUAACAGAGGAAUUGUUUAUAGAGAUCUGAAACUAGAUAACGUGAUGCUGGAUUCAGAAGGACACAUUAAAAUUGCUGACUUUGGAAUGUGCAAAGAACAUAUGUUAAAUGGAGUAACAACCAGGACCUUCUGUGGCACUCCAGACUACAUUGCACCAGAGAUUAUUGCUUACCAGCCCUAUGGGAAGUCUGUGGAUUGGUGGGCAUAUGGAGUGCUGCUCUAUGAGAUGUUAGCUGGCCAGCCUCCAUUUGAUGGAGAAGAUGAAGAUGAACUUUUCCAGUCCAUAAUGGAGCAUAAUGUUUCCUAUCCAAAAUCACUGUCCAAAGAAGCUGUCUCCAUCUGCAAGGGGCUCAUGACUAAACAUCCUGCAAAACGCCUCGGCUGUGGCUUUGAAGGUGAAAGAGACAUCAGGGAACAUGCUUUCUUCAGGAGAAUUGACUGGGAGAAACUGGAAAACAGAGAGAUUCAGCCACCUUUCAAACCCAAAGUGUGUGGCAAAGGUGCUGAAAACUUCGACAAGUUCUUCACGCGAGGACAGCCGGUGUUGACUCCCCCGGAUCAGCUGGUCAUUGCUAACAUAGACCAAACAGAUUUUGAAGGGUUCUCUUACAUCAACCCCCAGUUUGUACAUCCCCUUUUACAAAAUGUAGCAUGAAAUGGCAGAACAGGAACAAAUCCCACAAGGAACGGUCCUAACCCUACAAUUUUUAGGCUUUUGCCUUGUUGAUUCCAUUUGGGCCUGGAAGUUUUAGGGUUAGAAAGUGUAAGAUGGGGGAGAGGCCACUUAUUCAGGAUUCUGGCUUUGCAACAGCAAUGUUGUCUUAAUGGGAGAUAAAAUAGUGUACGGUGCCCACUUAUUCUUCUAGAAGUCACCACUGACUUGUCUAAACACCCAUUUUUUGGUACGUUCUAUAUUUUUGUAACUUCCUGCUGUCCUUUUGCUCCCUUUUCCACUCUGCUGGGUUAGAAAUUCUCUAACACAUGGUCUAAAAAAUAAACCCAACUUAAAAUGUUUAAUCCUUCGGUAUGGAUGGUGGGGGAUAGGAGCUCUCACCCCCGAGGGACCGCUCCUCCUGCUCUGCCUGGUGACUUCAAGGGAGAUCAGCAGCACAAGAGACUGAAAGGGCAACGGCUCCAGGGAGGAGAGGCAUUGCAAAAAACAGUCCUUGAAAGUAGUUGUUGUUAAAAGCUGGUGGAAACAAGUUGAAAGUGGGUGGGAGGGGGCAUUAAAUCAAAUUAGACCCUGAGGCUUCGUGAACCGAUCCUGGGAAGCAACACCUGAGCUUAAACACUCUUCAGCAGUGGCCAGAUCUCCAGGAUCUUUGCUUAGUAGCAUGUGAUAAACUCAAGGGUGAAAUUUUGUCUUUAAUAAUAAUAAUAGUAAUAAUUUUAAUAAUAUUUUUGUGGAUUUUAAUCUCCAUGAGAUUAUUCUGUGAUCCAGGGUGCCAUUGUUUGUUCAGUUAAUUUAAUUUACACCACUCCUCAAGUUUACUGUUAAACCAGUUCUAGUACCAAUAUUUUACUAUGAAAUUUGUUAACCUGGAAUGUAAAAACAAUACUGUAAUCCCUUAAGUCUUAUUUACAUGUGUUUAUUUAUAGUCUGCAGUACAGGGCAGUACAUUUCAGACAGCAUUAUGUGUAGUAACUUAACAAAAAAUGCAGCCUCAAGUGACUUCCUGAUGUCUUCAGAAUAACUCGUGAAAAUCAAGUGAGAUUUAGUCUUAAUAUCAUCAAUUUUAACUGAGAAAACUUGGGGCUGUACAGUAAUCAAGCCUGAAGGAGGAAGCACCUAAAACUUGUUUUAUUGACAGAAUAGACUUUAAUACGUUUUACAAGUGCUUCAUGCAAUGGAUUUUGCAUGUUUAGUAAUAACUCUUAAUAAUAAGGGUUAAUAAUAAGCAGAUCUCUAUUAUUGACAUAAUCAUAUCAAGCAUAAAAGAGUAUUAUAAAGGUUUUAUAAAACAACUCGUGCUUUGUUGUGAAAGUUCUUGUUCUGAAUGACAUCAUCUAGAUUUAGCUCAAUGUUUUCUUGCUGUUGGUUUGGUUUUUACUUUAGGUUUUGGAUCUUGUUGAUGGCUUAGGGUAAUAAUCUGGCUUUUUUUUAAAGUAGAUUGACUUUUAAACAGCAAUUGCUACCUGCAGGUUUUAUACAAGGUUCAAUUAGGCUUUCGUUUCACAUCUCCUUAUUACUUACAGAGAAGGAACUAGACUUUGUUUGCAAUGAUGAACACUGUCAUUAAUGCAAUCUUCUCCUCUCCUAUCACUUAGAUAAAAGAAUUUUGAUAUUUCCUCUUCCAACUUAACCAGAUGAUAUUAAUUCAAAUAUCAGUAAAUAUUUUUUGUGCAUAUCUUGGGUUUGUUACAGCAUGUAAAAUAGUAGUCGGUGCAUUUUCUGUUUGGGUUAUUUUUCCCUGCUGCCUUGUUCCUGUUAGCAGCCAUAGGCACUUUUUGUCUGUCUGAUGUGCAUGACGAUGCCAGAAGCAUGAUGUCUCUGUUGCUGCAUGCAGACUGAUGACAGUUUUUUCCAGCAUGUAAACAUAUUCAAAAAGUAAGAUAUUUGCCAUAAAAGACUGAAAUUUAUACUAGAACAUGUACUUGGUGGGGGGGAGGGGGAAGGGAAUCUACUUUCUAAUCAUCUUUUAUGACAAUAAAACAUGAAACCUGUGCCAAAGAUUCUGUUAGAAAGAUCCAGUCCUGCAGAUUGGUGACCAAGUAGGUGAGCUUGAGCUGCAGGGGUGUCCCACGGUGGAGUGGGACAGUUCUUGAGUGAAACACGGUUGGUUACAAAGGGCAGCUGUGUCAUGCUUCUGUGCCCUCAGAGGCUGCAUUUUUGGUGCCUCACUUUGCAACACUCCAGGGGUUUGACUUUUGCAAGGUUGUGGUCCUUUUGCAGCCCCAGCUCUAAGCAGGGAGUAUCUCCCAAGGAAGAGUGAGCAGGCUUUCAUGAGCAAACUGGGCAUUCUGAGGCAGAGGAAAACCCACAGCUAAUGAGGGGCAUCGGCCAAGUAACAAGAACUCAGAUUGUUGCCUAAAUGAACAGAACUUGAAAUUUUAAAGAACAUUUCAGCAGUGAAAUUUUUAAACCAUUCUGUGUCAAAUAUGUUACCAGCCAAGUCUGAGAGGUCAUUUUCUUCUUUGUAUCUUGUAUCCCUUGAAAUUUAUGGCACUUGCCAUAAAACAUAUAGACUAGUGCAGCACUUAUGGCUCUCCAUGUUUUACUGGAUAUUGUUAGCCUGCCAUAGCUUAGGGAAAUCUGAGGAUCAUGCCCUAGAUUAUAAUAGAUUCAACAGAUUACUGGGUCUCAGAUUUUCAGUAAAGGACUCUCAAGUAAGCCAGUCUGUCAAGAGGCAGCAUUACGUGUGGUUAUAGAAUGUGAAGUGAAUAAAAGGAGACUUUUGAAAAGGGAAAUACUGGGGGAAAUACCAGCAAGAAAAGCAGUACAGGGGCAGAACUGAACCAAGCCAGAAAGAGGCAGGAGAUCCCCCAAGGUGGAUGUUCCCAAACAGUUCUGGUUUUCCUGAUGAAAUAGGAAUUGCACAGGGAAGCCCCAUUGCGGGCACUUGUUAGUGGCACAGCUGUGAUGGUUGGUACUCUUUACACCAGAACAUGACAUUAAAGAGCUGGUCCAACAUCUGGACAGAGCUGUUCAUUUUCUGGAUGUCUCCCAUAACCAAUUUCUUAGGCACUUGUGUUUGCUCCCCAGUUUUUCUUAUGUAGAAGCAGAACUCCCUCUUUUACCGUUGUUACCUCAAGUCCCUGGGCUUGCGACAUCUCAUGUUGUGUUCUGUAGGUGUCUGCAAUGCUUAUGAAAAGGUACUGUGAAGUCAUGGAUCCUGCAGGAACAAGUCAGGGUUGGAGAAAGCAAGGACUGAAUAUUUGUGUUACUCUGUACUGCUCUGCCUAAUGCACUCAGUGUGAAGGCUCGUGCUUGGACUAGCCCUUUGAUGAGAACUCCAGGUGGCUUACUUGUCAUCCAGCAACUUAUAAUGCAAGUAAAACCUUUAGUAUCCAGCAAGCAUUCUCAUACCUUUUUAAAUCCAGAUGUUAUUUAUAUAACAUUUUUCACAGAAUUUGGUUUUCUAGAGAACAUCUGUCAACAAAGGGAGAGACAUUAGAGCUGUUUUUCUUUCAGUUGUGUUCACUAGCAGCUGUAAUCCAAACACCCACCUAUCACAGAGAUUUCUGAAACUUAUAAUGGACUAAUGCUGAGGUGGAAGUUUUGGGAGCUGUGUUUCCAUCCCACAUGUGCUUAAGUCCUGAGGGACUCCAGAAAAGCCCCAUUUCUGCUGGAAAGGCACAGGUCUGCCACAUGCAAGUUCCAGGCUGUUUUCAAGGACUGAAUGUGACUCAAGUGGCUCCUAGUGUUUUCAUCCACUUUCAAGUUACAUGAGCAGAGUGGUGGGUUUCCAGGACAGCCACUUUGCCCACUGGCCAGUCUCACUGCUCUUAGCAAGGAUUGCACAUACAUGAGAAGGAGAGAGCACAUUCCCAUCAUAUAAUACUCCCUUUUUAUCCAAUUUAGAGGGGAAAUGCACUUUAGCUUUCUGAUCCUUCAUUCUUUCCAGAAAUACAAUUGAAUCUCCUUUUACAAACUGCAGAAAUUUCUUCUGGAAAUCAGCUGUUAGUUUAAAAGAAACUCAUCAUGUCUAAAUGCUGCUGCCCUUUGCAAUCCGUCCUGUCUUUUGAGGUGAAUUCAAUUGUAUUGUGCUCCUGUGAAAUAAAUAAGGUCAAGUGAGAGUGGAACUUGUCUUCUUGCCAGAAAGAUGGUGUGUCCAAGGGCUGCCAUUGAGUGGAACCACUUUCCGAGUCUGUUUUCUCAGCCAAUGCAUCCAGAUGCAAUCCCAGUUCAAUGCCAUAGGAGCCUCAUGCAGUUAGCAGAGGGAGGAGAUCCUCCUUAUUAAGCAAAACACAUCCUUGGAAAUCAUAAGAGUGCGAUGAUGAAGCUUUGGUGUGAAUAGAAAGCGUUAUCUACAGUGUAGCGUUUACAGUGGGCUUUCGGACCUGCCACGGAACUUCUGGAAACCUUUAAUGUGAUUUUCAGUUCUUGUAUACAUUAGCAUAAAUUAUUGUACAUAGGUUUUGUCUCUGCAAGCCUGAGUGUCAGCUCUAGGCGAUGCAUUCCCUCUGUGUGCCGUUGGGUGGGUGGGCACUGAGCUGCCAAGUAGUGAAAAAGUAGAUAAGCUAAAGCACUUUCCUCGGCUCCACACUCUUAGAUGGGAUCUGAAAUGGUCCAAUUGAAGAAUUAAUUAAGAAUUAACUCCAUAAACAUGUAGGAUUUCCUAUCAACCAGUAACUGUGCCAGUAAGGAUUGGUAAUUAAGUAGCCUUAUAAUGAAUAAUCAUGCACUACAGCCCUCCUGUUCCUAGGAAAAUCUUGAGGGAGAGAAGGCAAGUUAUUAACCUCUCUGCCUCAGUUACCUCCUCUGGAAAAUGAGGAUAACAAUACUUACUUACCUCACAGGGAGGUGAGAGGACUCCUUAGGUAAAUAUUUCUAAUACACUUUUAACCUGAAAAGAGUUGUGUAAGUAUUAUUAUGAUUUUUAAUAGUAAAUCAGCCUCUUGGAUUGCUGUGGCAUCGCUGGGUAUGCCAUGCUGUUUCUACUUUUUUAUAGAGCUUUAGUAAUUCUACUGGAACCGUUUCAAGAGAAGGAAAAUCAGAGCUGACGCGUUUCUUACAGAUUCUUACAGAGUCAGGGUGUGGUGGGGAGUGAUGCUGACUGUCACAUCAGCUGCACUUUCCUCUCUUCCAAUUACUGAGAUUUCUACGUGCAAUUUGAAAAUUCCAUGUGAAUGGAAGUCUUGGAUGAACUGAUUCUUGUAGGGUGAGAUUCCCUCUGGGUAACUAAAGUCAGCACAGCUGUUUCCUAGUCAUGUGUCUUCUGACUCCUAUUGAUGGAGAAGCGAUAUUCUUUAUGCAGCUGGUCCAUCCAUGACAGGUUUGUUCUGUUGAUAUUUUAAUGUAUCCCCGUGUUGGAUGUCUUUGUGCUUUUUCUUUUCCUUGUGUGUGACGCCAUGGUUCAAGUUUAAAAGAAAAUUGCCCUAGUAGAAAAUGGGUUUUCUUCCAUUGAUUCUGGUUGAUCAGAAAAAAUCAGCCUAUUAAUAACUUUAAACAGUGACAUGCAGGAAGAUUAGCAACAGCACUGAUAACCGGCCCCAGCCUGCUUCCAGUGAAGCUCAUUUCUCACUGUGGGAUACACUGGGAAGCCUACAGCUACUGUCAGGUUAAUUUUGUCAUCGUGAGCUCGUGACAGGAAUGUUUUCAUCAAAAGGAAAAUUGUGUUCCUGGUCAUUCUAAACUUCUCCCAUAGAGCUAUUUGAAUUGUGUUCAUUUUCUUUCUGUUUGAACCCUGAGAGGCAACACUGCCCAUGGCUCUGGCCUUCCAGAGGUUCCUAUGCUCCUGGCCUGGCCUUCCAAGGCAUCCAGUGGAUGCUUCUACAUCCCACAGAGGUCAGCAGAGGAUGCACAUGGAUGCCUUGCUGACUUGGAGCAGAAAUCAGCGUUCUUGCAAUGAGAGCACAAAUUGAAUCUGCAGCUCAUUCCCCACAAAGCCUUUCAUUUAUUCUCUCAUGCUAUUAAAAUGAAUGUGAGGAAAAAAAAUGAUUUCAACAAAAUGAAGCUCGUUGCCUCUUGAAAGUGGGCAUUUCCCAACACACAGAGCACACCUGAAUCAUUUAAAAUGCUUGCAUGUUACUUUAAUCUUUUAAACGAGGAGCAAUCCCUCCCUCAAACUCAUUCGUAUUUUUUAACAUUAUUUUAACACCCAGAUUUUGCAUUUAUAAAGAGGAGAACAUUAUUUAUUUUCUUAUCAUUUAUCUGCAAGAUGCUACCAGAAAAUUUGGAGAGGCCACUCAUGUGAAAAUAAUCAUAAAUAAGGAAUCCUUGGAAGCGUCGUGGGGCAAGAGUGAUGUAUAAAUUACAGCACCUUCCUUUUUCUUACUUUGCAAUAUUGCCAACCUUCGUUUGCAUGAAGUGCUUUUGUUAAAUAUCAAUUGUAGUUUCAAAGCCAAGUGUGUAUGAAUAAAAAUACUGAUCAUUACUAUU